AUGGAUAAGAGUUGGAUGACACUGAUUAGGGAUAGAUUAAGUCUGCGGUAUCGGGCCGGAGUUGAUGCUUUUAUUGAAUUUGCAAAAGUAAAUGCAGGCGGACGUAGAACGAUUCAGUGUCCGUGCAACAAAUGCAUGAAUCUUGAUUGGUGUGAAUUUGGUAUUGUGCAAGAUCAUUUGGUUCGAUAUGGGAUUAUGGUAUCCUAUAAGAUUUGGUUGCACCAUGGAGAAUUGCCUGAUAAUCAACAUGGUGAUUCCGGUGAUGACAGGGAUGAGAGCGAUGACGAUAACAAAGAUGAGUAUCCAGAAUUAAUGGAAGACCAUUACAGAGGAACUUAUAUGGAAGAUGAUGAUGUAGAGAUGGAUCAUAAUGUUCGAAACUUUGAAAAAUUACUGGAAGCUUCCCAGCGUGAAAUGUAUCCUGGUUGCAAAAACUUCACUUUGUUGGCAUUUGUUGUCAAGAUGCUUCAUGUGAAAGUUGAGAAUAGAUGGAGUAAUAAGUCAUUCGACAUGAUUUUACAGAUAUUUAGGGACUUAUUGCCAGAGGGUCAUUUGGUUCCGGGGUCAAUUUAUGAAACGAAGAAGUUGUUGCGUGAUCUGGGCAUGGGAUAUGAGCAUAUCGAUGCAUGCCAACAUGAUUGUGUACUCAUACUUAUGCCUUACAACUUGCCACCCUGGUUGUGUAUGAAAGAAUCUUUUUUCAUGAUGUCCUUACUUAUUCCUGGACCACAUGCACCAGGGAACGACAUCGAUGUUUUCUUGAGGCCUUUGGUCGACGAGUUGAAGGAGUUGUGGGACAAUGGGAGCACAAUAGGCUAUUUAGCUUGUCCACCUUGCAAAGAUGAUCCAUUAUCGCAUCGAUUGAGGAGUAAGAUUGGAUACUUCGGUCAUCGAGUUUACUUGCCUAGGAAUCACACUAUGAGAAGGAGUAAGGACUUUAACGGUAGGACUGAACAUCACAUGAAAUCUUUGGAGUUACCCGUGGAAAAGGUACUUGAGCAGCUGGAUCAAUUACCAAAUGUUAAUUUUGGAAAGCAUCCUUUAAAGAGGAAAAGACCCUAUGAAUCCAUUGCCCUAAAUUGGAGAAAGAAAAGUAUCUUUUUCAAGCUACCGUAUUGGAAAGAACUAAAGGUGCGGCACAAUUUGGAUCCCAUGCACAUUGAAAAGAAUAUAUGUGAGGCAAUCAUUGGGACAAUAUUGGGUAUAGACGGGAAGAAUAAGGACACGAAUAAAGCUCGCCUCGAUUUGGAAGAUAUGGAUAUAAGGUCAAAAUUACAUUUAGAGAAACAACCAGAUGGAUCCAUUCGCAAGCCUAUUGCAGCCUACACACUAUCCCCAGAAGAGAGAGAGGGUUUUUGUGCAUUCUUGGCAUCGAUUAAGUAUCCUGAUGGGUAUGCAGCAAAUCUAUCGAGGUGCGUGAGCACUAGAGGCGGCAAAUUAACGGGUCUGAAGAGCCAUGAUUAUCAUGUCCUUCUACAACGUCUUCUGCCAAUUGGGAUGCACGGAUAUGUUAAUAAGGAAAUUGGUACAACACUUUUUGAGUUGGGAAGCUUCUUUCAGGACCUUUGUUCUAAAACAUUGAGGCACAGUGACUUGGAAAAGUUAAGAGGAACGCAUUGUCCUCAUACUUUGUAA